GCCCACUCCACAUCAAAGCUCCCUCGUUGAACGACCGUUUCUCAUCGACGCCCGUCUGCGAGUUCUGGCAGCUUCUUUUUACUGUGAAAACAUCUGAUCACUCUUGCAUUUUCGACUUGUGAUUUAUCCUUGAGCGUCAAGAUGUCGCGGAGAUACGAUUCAAGGACCACCAUCUUCUCGCCCGAAGGCCGACUGUACCAGGUAGAAUAUGCACUCGAGGCUAUCUCACAUGCCGGGACAGCCCUGGGGAUCCUCGCCAAGGACGGUAUUGUCCUGGCUGCCGAAAAGAAGGUGACCAGCAAGCUGCUGGAACAGGACACUUCUGCCGAGAAGCUUUAUAUCUUGAACGAUAACAUGAUCUGUGCGGUGGCCGGGAUGACUGCCGAUGCCAAUAUUCUCAUCAACUACGCCCGCCAAGCGGCCCAGCGUUAUCUCCUCACCUAUAACGAAGAGAUCCCCUGCGAGCAAUUGGUCCGCCGACUGUGCGAUCUGAAGCAAGGAUAUACUCAGCAUGGUGGUCUCCGGCCGUUUGGUGUCUCCUUCAUCUAUGCGGGCUACGACCCUCUCCGGCAAUUCCAGCUGUACCAGAGCAACCCCAGUGGAAACUACGGGGGCUGGAAGGCGACGAGUGUGGGCGCCAACAACGCAAGUGCCCAAAGUCUUCUCAAGCAGGACUACAAGGAGGACUGCACCCUGCAAGAGGCCUGUGCCAUGGCUGUCAAGGUGCUGAGUAAGACUAUGGAUUCGACAAAACUAAGCAGCGAGAAGAUCGAGUUCGCCACGGUGGGGAAGACCAAGGAAGGCAAGAUCUAUCACCACCUGUGGAACGCAGAUGAGAUCGACGCCCUCUUGAAGGAGCAAGGCCUGGCCAAGGUGGAUGACGAGCCCGAGUCUGGUGAUAUAAAAUAGACGAGUUAAUGCCCAACGUUGUUUUAUUUCCCG